UCCGCGGCGGGUCCAAUGGCGGGGCAGUGGUGGCGGUACCUGUUUGCGGCGACGCGGCGCGGCGCGGGCCGAUAUAAGCCGAUCCGCGGACCAGCACGGUAUCACACGAUAACAGCACUCUCCUCGCACAGCACGCAGCACCAGCCAGCAGCCUACCUCAACAUGAAGCUCCUCCUGGCCCUGUUCUUGGUGGCGAUGAUGGUCGCCGUCGCGGUCGCCCAGCACCACGGAGGCUACAACAACCACCACGGCGGCCACAACAACCAUCAUGGUGGCCACCAUGGCGGCUACAACAACCACCACGGUGGACACAACAACCACCACGGGGGCAGCCACGGAGGCCACCACGGCGGCCACCACGGCGGCCACGGCUACCACGGUUAAGGAGUCUCCUCGGGGACCGUGGUCAUGACCACGGCGGCGUCAGCAUUUAGGAGGCCACCGCGGACAUGGCGACGACGCCGAAGCCUGCCAGCAAGUCACGGAGUCCCGGUUACCAAACGCGUACCUGUCAAUUCGAUUUAAUUCAUAGGAAUAGUCAUUAGUUUUAAUCGCCA